GGCUGAUGGGUGUGUUUAUUUGUGUUCAUCAACAACCACUUGUAAAUUUUAAUUAAUAAUAAAUGUUUUUUACAUUCCCAUAAUUCAAAAAAUUUCAAAAAAUGCUUCUAAGGAUAAAUAUUAUCGUGUUAAUAUUGUUUAUUACUAUAUUAGGCCUAUGUACAGCACAAAAUUUUUGGAAAAUAACUGAAUUCAAUAAAGAUCAACCCAAAGAUGAUAGAGUCAAAAUUGUAUGGUGUACAAUAAGUUUUUACGAACAAGAAAAAUGCUAUAGAUUUGGAAAUGUUACUACUCUGAGAGAUAGGAUAAGCGUAGGUUAUAAAAAGUUCAACGUUUCUUGCAUUCAAGCAUCCAGCAAAGAAGAAUGCAUGAAAUUAUUAGAUGAAGGUAAAGCUACCUUAACAACUUUAGAUGCUGGAGAAAUAUUUGUAGCAGGACGAUACCAUAGUUUAGUGCCUAUUGCACAAGAAGUACUGAACGAAAACCAAACUUACUAUUACUCAGUAGCGGUUGUAAGAAAGGGAACUCUUUCAGAUGUUACUAGUUUGAGGGACUUGCGUAACAAAAAAGCAUGUUUCCCAGGUGUACAAACUUUUGCUGGCUGGGCUUCCCCAAUAUAUACACUUAUGAAGUAUGGUGGUAUGGAAAUAGUUGACUGCAACAACCAUGUGAAAAGUGCCACCGAAUUCUUUGGUCCAAGUUGUGCUGUUAAUUCCCUAUCAGAUAGAUUCAAUCCGAUAGGAGACAACUCAGACAAACUUUGUAGGAUAUGUAUAGGAAAAAUUCCUGGUGGAAGAUGCACAAAUACUGAUCCUUAUGCUGGUUACGAGGGGGCUUUUAAAUGUUUACUAGAAGCUGGAGAAAUAGCAUUUUUGAAGCAUACUACUGCCUUGGAAUUGACUCGGGAUCAAUCUUUCAUUGGCCUGGGAGGUCAAGGAUUUGAGCUUUUAUGCUUAGAUGGUGGUAGAUAUCCUGUUGAACAAUAUGAAAGUUGCAACUGGGGAAAAGUUCCAUCUGAUGCUAUAGUUACUUCAUCUGCAGCAUCUUAUGAAGAUAGGAAACUUUAUCAAAAAUUCUUGAAAAAAGUAUCUAGGUUUUAUGGAUCAACCAAUUAUACAUACUCCAAUAAUAAUUAUAACGGUGAUGAAAAUGCUAGUUAUGAUCAAUUUGGUAACAGAUUGAAUAAAAGAAAAAGAAGGCAAAAUUACGAUUCCUACAACAGAAAUAACCAGCAAUAUGGAAGAUUCGACCCGUACGAACCAGAUAAUUCACAGAAUCGCCCAACUGAUCAAUACAACGACCAGUACGAUCAAUCAAAGACAACCGAUCAAUACGGAAGACCUGUAGAUCCUUUAGUUAGGGAUCCAUACCUGUUGAAUAAAGAUUAUUACGGCCAAAAUAUUGAUCCUUACGACCAAGAGCCAAGGCGGAACCAAAAUGGUUACGAUCAAAAUCAAGACCCAAGACAAGAUUUCGACGAUAACGCUAUCCAAGACAGUUCGGAUCCCUUCUAUAUUUUCAAGUCGCCCAGAGACGCAACCAAUUUAAUGUUUCAGGAUUCCACCCAAAACAUUUCUCCCAUUCCUGAAAACCUCCAAACGUACUCCAGUUUUCUGGGGCAAAGUUUGGAUGUCAUCAUGGGAGUUCGACAAUGUCCAAUCGCCACAAUGACCCUGUGUGUCACAUCGGAUGCAGAACUAGAGAAGUGCAUUAGAAUGAAGACGGCUUUGAAAGCCCAACUUUUGAAACCAGAAAUGGACUGCUAUAAGGGGCAUUCGCACAUUCAUUGCAUGCAGGCAAUAAGAGCAGGAACAGCCGAUGUUUCUGUAUUCGAUGCUAGUGAUGUUUAUACUGCGGGUCUAAAUUACGACUUGAUACCUUUCAUUUCUGAAGUGUACAAUUUGGAUGAUGCCGAAUACUAUGUGGUAGCAGUAGGAAAGGAGUCUGAUCCUAGUACUGAACUAACCUAUUUGAAAGGUAAAAACACUUGCCACGGUGGUAUAAACACGGCAGCAGGGUGGGUAUAUCCCAUGGCUUUUCUUCUUAGUAAUGGAUGGAUCCGUCCAUAUGGCUGCAACAGUAUUAGGGCAGCGGCAGAAUAUUUUUCGAAGAGCUGUGUUCCUGGAGCGUUGAGUACAGAAUAUAACAGUGGGUUACCCUACGACAACAUGUGUCAUCUAUGCCAUGGUUCUAGUUUCAGAUAUUGCAGAAGGGAUGCAUCUGAAAGUUAUUACGGUCAUACAGGGGCAUUCAGAUGUUUAGUGGAGGGUGGUGGACAUGUGGCAUUUGUCAAACACACAACUGUCACUGAAAAUACUGGUGGUAAGAAGAGAGAAUGGUGGGCUAGGGAUAACCUCAACGAUGACUAUGAGCUUCUUUGCACCGAUGGUACAAGAAAGGAAAUUCAUGAUUAUAAAAAGUGCAAUUUGGGAAAAGUAAAGGCGAAUGCUAUAGUUGGUAGAGGGGGUUAUGGUUACAACAACACAGAAAUAAAUACAUACAUUAACCUGUUUCUCUAUGCUCAAACAUUUUAUGGACGGAAAACAACUGAUGAAUUCAGUUUCAGUAUGUUCAGCUCAGAACCGCCAUUCGCAGAUCUAAUUUUCCAAGAUGCGACCACACAAUUGAAGGUAAUCGAUCCACAGAAAAGAUACUUUUCUGCUUACUUGGGUUCCGAUUUUAUGAGAGCUAGAAGAAUAGUCGACUGUCAUGCCGGUAGCUCCAGUAUGACUGUUUCCAUAUUUACCCUCCUCCUUUCAUCCCUAUUCGCCAUUCUGGUUAUGAAAAAUUGAACCUACCCUAGCACUGUAGUCGGGUACCAGGAAAACAAGUGCCUUUUUGACAGGUCGAUUUCGAUUUUCAUGAUGGAAAGUUGUUUUCCUUCAAAAUUCAGUUAACAGAUAAGAUUUAAUUUUUUUUUAUAUUUAUUUUGAUGCUGAAACCCAGGUACCUGUUUUUAAAAUUUCUCGAAUAAUAUUGACAAAUGAAUAUAGAAAAGUGUAAACAUUUAAUUGAAUUUAAAUUGUCUAUCAUCACUCGUUGUGUAGAAAAAGUUAAACUGGAUAAUUAUUAUGAUAGUUGUGAAUCAUUUAGCAUCUUAUGAAAGUACUUUUACAUUCUAUUGAUAUAAAUAUAUUUGCUGUUAUUCAUAGCAGCUGAGUGAUGAUGAAAUAUUCCAUUCAAAUAUAUUGUAAAUAAAGCACCAUUGUGCAAUUUUAUCCGUCCAUUUUUCAUGAUCUGGUUGUUCUGAAAUUGUCAGAAUAUGAUUUUAUUUGAUGAUUGUUAUUUUUAUAUUUAUAAUUGUAAUAAUUUUAUAAUAAAAAUUAGAAACCCUUCA